CCCAGGCCCGGGCGCAGCCGCUGGCCGAGCAGAUCCUGCGGGCGGCGGCGCCGCGGCCCACGGCGCGGGUGAAGCGGCGCGCGGCGGCGGCGGAUGACGACGAUGGCGGCGGCUACGUGGACGCGCGGCUGUCGCGGCGGAUCCUGGAGCAGGCGCGGCGGCAGCAGGAGGAGCUGGAGGCCGAGCACGGCCCCGGCGCGCCCGCCGCGGCGCUGGGCCCCGCGGCGCCCGGCCCGGGCAGCGAGGAUGAGGAGGCGGCGGAGGAGGAGGAGGAAGAGUGGCCCUCGCUGGAGCAGGCCGCGGCGGGGCGGUGGUGCCAGGAGGUGGCCGUGGACCCCGAGGACGAGAAGGCCAUCGAGAUGUUCAUGAACAAGAACCCGCCGCUGAGGCGCACGCUGGCAGACAUCAUCAUGGAGAAGAUCACGGAGAAGCAGACGGAGGUGGAGACGGCGCUCUCGGAAGUAACGGGCUGCCCCAUGCCUCAGCUCGACCCCCGCGUCCUGGAGGUCUACCGGGGCGUACGAGAAGUGCUGUCCAAAUACAGGAGUGGCAAACUCCCCAAAGCAUUUAAAAUAAUUCCUGCCUUAUCCAACUGGGAACAGAUCCUCUACAUCACAGAGCCAGAGACGUGGACAGCAGCUGCCAUGUACCAAGCAACGAGGAUAUUUUCAUCCAACUUGAAAGAAAGGAUGGCCCAGAGGUUCUACAACCUGGUGCUGCUGCCUCGGGUCAGGGAUGACAUUGCUGAGUACAAGCGUCUCAACUUUCACCUCUACAUGGCUUUGAAGAAGGCUUUGUUCAAGCCAGGAGCCUGGUUCAAAGGGAUCCUCAUUCCGCUGUGUGAGUCGGGGACCUGCACGCUGCGGGAAGCCAUCAUCAUCGGCAGCAUCCUCACCAAGUGCUCCAUCCCCGUCCUUCACUCCAGCGCAGCCAUGCUGAAGAUCGCUGAGAUGCAGUACAGCGGUGCCAACAGCAUCUUUCUCCGCCUGCUCAUUGACAAGAAGUACGCGCUGCCCUUCCGCGUGGUGGAUGCGCUUGUCUUCCACUUCCUGGCCUUCCGCACGGACCAGCGGGUCCUGCCUGUCCUGUGGCACCAGAGCUUCCUGGCCUUUGUCCAGCGCUACAAGGAGGACCUGUCCUCGGAGCAGAAAGAGGCCUUGCUUGAGCUGCUCAAAUUCCACUGCCACCCACAGAUCUCGCCCGAGAUCCGGAGGGAGCUGAUGAACUCUAAGACACGAGAUGUGGAGGGGCAGCAGCCAGUAGCCAUGGAGUGAGCAGGAAGAGGCAGGGAGGAAGGGAAAAGUUGCAGCCCUGAUCUGCUCCGGGGGCUGCCAACUGGCCAAGGACGCUAGCGGAUGCAGCCGGGAGCUCAGCUUGUGAGCGAAGCCCUUGGGAGGUGCAGGGGAGCUUCCGACCCUGAUUCUGCUGCUCCAAGCCAGGCGCUGGGAGCAGGCUGUGUCCGGUGACCCAGACUGCAUUCCUUACGCUGCUCAUCACGGGACAGGGCAGUCCCCUGUCCCACACUGGGAGUCCAGUGGCCACCAGUACCCAGGAGAACAGGAGGGUUUGGCCUGUUCCCGUUUUGGAGAAUAAAGCCUGAGCUGUGUCUGUCA